UUAGGUCGCCUUCGUUGGACUGUUGCGUGAGCUAUAUCAUCCCUCUCGUCUCCUCUCUCCCCCUCGCUCCCACCCCUUCCCCAAAAUCGUCAACCCAGUUUGGUGGGUCGCAGCGCGGCCGUGUCGGGCGGACUGCUCUGCCGGAGGGAAGGAAGGAGCCGUCAUGCGGGGGGUCGCCGGCGGUGGCGGGGCCCCGGGCCGGCCGCGGUGGGGCGGCGGCUCGGGCGCCACGACGCCGCGCUCGCUCAGCACCGGCUCCUCGCCGCGCGGCUCCGACCGCAGCUCCGACGACGGCGAGGAGCUCGUCGAGGUCACGCUCGACCUGCAGGAGGACGACACCAUUGUGCUGCGCAGCGUCGAGCCGGCCGCCGCCGCAAACGCCAACGCGGCCGCUUCUGCCGCCGCCUCGUCGUCGGGGGCGUCGCCGUCGGUGAUGGGAUGGAGCGCGGAGCCGACGCCACCGCCCGGGGCGGGCCCGUCGCGGUCGCGGUCGCCGGCGAUCCGGCGGACCUCGUCGCACCGGCUGCUGCAGUUCUCGCAGGAGCUCAAGGCCGGGGUGUCCCGCGCCAAGCAAAUCUCGCAGGACCUCACCAAGCGCUUCACGCGCACCCAGAGCCGCGCCGCCCUCGCCGAGCCCCCUCAGCCCCCGCCGGCCGCGCACCCGCCGUCGGGCAUCGAGUCCGCCCUCGCCGCCCGCGCCGAGCGCCGCCAGCGCGCGCAGCUCGACCGCACCAAGUCCACCGCGCAGCGCGCCAUCAAGGGUCUGCGCUUCAUCAGCGGCAACACCAAGGCCAGCAACAACGCCUGGAUCGAGGUCCAGCGCAACUUCGACCGCCUCGCCCUCGACGGCCGCCUCUCCCGCGCCGACUUCCCGCAAUGCAUAGGGAUGAUGGAGUCCAAGGAGUUCGCCAUGGAGCUCUUCGACACGCUGUGCCGGCGGCGGCAGAUGCAGUCGGACCACAUCAACAGGGAGGAGCUGCGCGAGAUCUGGUCGCAGAUCACCGACAACAGCUUUGACUCGCGCCUCCAGAUCUUCUUCGACAUGGUGGACAAGGACGCCGACGGCCACAUCACGGAGGCGGAGGUGAAAGAGAUCAUCAUGCUAAGUGCGUCCGCGAAUAAGCUGGCGAGGCUUAAGGAGCAAGCAGAGGAAUACGCCGCGUUGAUCAUGGAGGAGCUAGACCCCGAAGGCCUCGGCUACAUUGAGCUUUGGCAGUUGGAGACGUUGCUACUGCAGAAGGAUACAUACGUGAACUAUAGCCAGGCCUUGAGCUACACAAGCCAGGCACUGAGCCAGAACCUUGCUGGCCUAAGGCACAAGAGCCCGAUCCGAAAAAUGAGCAGCAAAUUAAGCUAUUAUCUGGAGGACAAUUGGAAACGCCUCUGGGUACUUGCACUGUGGAUUGGGAUAAUGGCUGGAUUGUUCAUUUGGAAAUUUAUCCAGUACCGCAAUCGGUACGUAUUUAGUGUGAUGGGCUACUGUGUAACAAUUGCAAAGGGGGCUGCUGAGACCCUUAAGCUGAACAUGGCACUCAUCCUCCUACCUGUAUGCCGCAACACCAUUACUUGGCUGCGUAAUACAAGAGCUGCACGGGCAUUACCGUUCGAUGACAACAUCAACUUCCAUAAGACUAUUGCGGCGGCAAUUGUGGUUGGUGUUAUCCUUCAUGCAGGAAACCAUCUUGCAUGUGAUUUUCCACGGCUUAUAGAUUCCUCAGAUGAGACGUAUGCUCCACUGCGCCAGUACUUCGGGGAGACCAAGCCAACAUAUUUGGCUUUAGUCAGAGGAGUGGAGGGUGUAACUGGAGUUAUUAUGGUUGUCUGCAUGCUCAUUGCUUUUACUCUAGCAACCAGGUGGUUCCGUCGUAGCCUGGUGAAGCUUCCCAAGCCAUUUGACAAGCUAACUGGCUUCAAUGCCUUCUGGUACUCCCAUCAUCUGUUCAUCAUUGUAUACAUAUCACUUGUUAUUCAUGGAGAGCGUCUAUACCUUAUCCUGGAUUGGUACAAAAGAACGACAUGGAUGUAUCUUGCAGUCCCUGUUGGGUUAUAUGUAGGGGAGAGGACUCUGAGGUUCUUCAGGUCUGGCAGUUACUCUGUCCGGAUAUUGAAGGUGGCCAUAUAUCCUGGUAAUGUUUUGACAUUGCAAAUGUCUAAGCCACCGACAUUCCGUUACAAGAGCGGGCAGUAUAUGUUUGUUCAAUGUCCAGCUGUUUCACCAUUUGAAUGGCAUCCCUUCUCGAUAACUUCAGCACCCGGGGAUGAUUUUCUCAGUAUCCAUGUCCGACAACUUGGUGACUGGACGCGAGAGCUCAAGCGUGUAUUCUCUGCAGCUUGUGAGCCACCUAUGAAUGGGAAAAGUGGCCUCCUUAGAGCAGAUGAGAACACCAAAAAAACUUUCCCAAAACUUUUGAUUGAUGGACCGUAUGGUUCUCCUGCACAAGACUAUAGCAAGUAUGAUGUUUUACUACUUGUUGGGUUAGGAAUUGGUGCAACUCCUUUCAUCAGCAUAUUGAAAGAUCUGAUUAACAACAUCAUCAAAAUGGAGGAAGAGGAUGAAGCCUCAACUGAUCUUUACCCACCAAUCGGACCCAGUAAGGCAUCUGUUGACCUUGACACCCUUAUGAGGAUUACGUCAAAACCAAAGAGGGUUUUUAAGACAACAAAUGCUUACUUUUAUUGGGUGACACGCGAGCAAGGCUCUUUUGAUUGGUUUAAAGGAAUCAUGAAUGAGAUUGCUGAACUAGAUCAAAGGAAUAUCAUUGAGAUGCACAACUAUCUCACAAGUGUUUAUGAGGAAGGAGAUGCCCGGUCAGCACUCAUCACAAUGCUGCAAGCUCUCAACCAUGCCAAGAACGGCGUCGAUGUAGUGUCUGGAACUCGAGUGCGGACACAUUUUGCAAGACCAAAUUUUAAGAGGGUGCUGUCUAAGGUAGCCUCCAAGCAUCCUUAUGCCAAGAUAGGAGUGUUCUAUUGCGGAGCUCCGGUUCUGGCGCAGGAACUAAGCAACCUUUGCCAUGAGUUCAAUGGCAAAUGCACGACAAAAUUUGAAUUCCACAAGGAGCAUUUCUGAAACCAGGUAAACCGCACAAUAGGAAAUUAACACAGGAUUGUGUUGUAUGUAUGUCGUCUUUGCUUGUUGCGCGCCAGACUUUGGGGAGCAAGGGAAAGAAUCACCUAGUGCUUUGUCGGUGCACUGAUUGCCAGUUACGCAAUGUUACUCAAGAAAGGAAGCCGGGGAUCAGCUGGUAGUACAUACAUUACACAUCAAUCAUGGAUUCAGAAGUAUAUAUUACUGUCGUGCUGGUGAUGACCGCACCUCUGUAAAAUCUCCUAUAUGCGGAUGCGGAGUCGACACAAAGACGCUGAUCUCCUGAAUAUGGUUUAUGGUUUUGACUACAUGCUGGGUGAUGUGAUGUAGGACAAUAGGGAAGGCCACCACAGGCACAAGGCUAAGUAACUGUGUAUAUUUGCUUGUAGCUGAGUUGUCAGGCCACAAGUUUGGUUCUUCUCACUUUGUAAUUAUACAGACGGAAACACAAGCAGGGGGAGUACAGUACAGUUUGAUUCUUUUCUUCUCUUUGUAUGUAAAAAGUUUAGGUUGGUAGUGAUUGGGUCCGGAUUGAGGACAUGAAUGGACUACAUUCGAGCUUGUGUUGUUUGUUGUGCCACGAUAGGAUAACAUGCAUUCUUUUUCA